AUGGAUUGCGAGGAUGAUUACAAGUCGGAUGAGUGUGAUGAGCAUACAGCAACAGAAUUGUUUCUCAAUGCAUUCUUCAAAGAGCAGAGCAUUCCUGUGUCUUGCGAGGCAUACGUCAAAUCGAGGAGAAGUUUUACGGGGAUGGUGGUGGACGAACCGUCAGAAACCUGCGGCGAGCCUGUCGCUGCGUCCACCACGAUCCCAUCGGGCAAGCCGGGCCCCGUUCUAGAGGCGGCUGCUGCGAUCGAUGUCGUAGGAACUAGAAGAGCACCAGGUGAUAUCGAGUCGCUAGCAGACUCCUAUAUCGACGGGAGUGAUAAUGAAGGUAUUGCGACGAAAUUGGAAGUUCAAAAAGUCAAACCAAGGAAGACAGCCAAAGCCGACGGCAGACCUGCUGACAACCCCGGUCCAUCAGUGAGCUCGUCUCUGGAGUGCAAUCGGAGCGAUGAGAGUGGCGACUCCGAUGAUAUCAACGCGAAUAUCAGGCCGAGACCCAAGAGAGCAAAAAAAUCGCGAACGAGGGCAGAACGAAAUAAGAAGACUGAUGUGAUAUCCGUGCAGGAGUCUCCUACGAAGGCGACUCCCGUCAACAUCGAGAACUCCGAUGAUGGAUGCGAGAUUUCCACGGCGUUGCCGACCCUGUCACCGGAAUUCACCUCUGAUGAAGAAAUCUCUCUGAGUGAUCCCGAAGACAUGGAGCUCAAUGUAGUGAGUUUUGGACGGGGCAUUCCCGAUCAGGUGACUAUGAAGAAGAAACUUAGUCCCGAGGAACACAAACGUCUCUGGCAUGUGGACAUGGACGACAAGUUCCGACACCUCCGGAGAAAUCGCUAUCACACCUCGAAAGAGUGCAGAAAUUGUCGACAGAGCGGUCACCUCACCCAUGAGUGUCCGCUGCCCGAACGAAUAGUCUGUAUCCUGUGUGCGGAUACGACGCACAUCGCGGCGAGGUGUCCAAACAAAAUCUGUUCCACCUGCAAAAACGAGGGUCAUACAUGGUGGCGUUGUUAUCGAGCUCAACACCUGCUGGAGACCCAAUGCAGGAUCUGCAACAUAUUUGGUCAUAAGGCUGAUAUUUGUCCGGAUAACUGGAGACGCUUCCACUGCACCACCAGGGAGGGACCCCCGAUAGCACCGGAGGCAGGAGAGAAGCUGUCUCUGGCAAAGAAAUUCUGCUCGUGGUGCGGACGCCGGGGUCAUUUUGCGACCGACUGCGGCAGAGCGGCCAACUCAGGCAUAGCCAGUCGAUUCGUUCACAGCUACAAAGAACCGAGAACCAGCGCUAGGAAUCCGCAGAACAAGAAAAAAAGAAAGAAGAAACAGGAGUCGGCUUCUGAGCACGCUCAAACUUCACAGGCUGAGCGCGGAAGAGCUUCUGUCCUCGGAGGGGAUUUCAUUCCGAUUUCUGAGGCAUCGAAAAAGUUCAAUGGUUUCCCAAAUUCGAGCAGGGCGGGCGUCAGCAGCGGUUCAGAGAAGAAUGAUGGGAGCAAAAGGUCGAGGAAGUCAGGAGAUCGCAAGAGGGGGCAGCAUCCCAAGAAGAAACGUAAAUUAUAUGAACCCGACUUGGAAGGUAUAGACAUGUUCCCGUCGGUACGUAAACAGAAGCGGAAGAGAGCCGCCGAAUCAGAUGAUUCGGUACCAUUGAAUCGUCGGAAGGAGCGUCGGAGAGAGCGUCGGAAAUUGUUGCGGAUGCAGUCUCGAGAGGAGCGUGAUAAGAGUAAGAAAAAGAAGUUGAAACGCUCGAGAGGAGAGAGCUAG